GGUCGGAGAGAAAGUCGUCCCUCUUCCUCUCUCUGAGGUUGACGGAAAAGACGGCCCCCCUCCUCACUGCCCGCCGUCACCUUUUCCGUUUCUUUCCCACGGCGCUCCGUCAUCUUCUCCGUCUCCAUCGUCGUCAUCACCGGUACUCAGUCCCUCGGGAGUAAGUAGAGCGAGUGAGUUAAUCGUCAGUACAGUGAGAGGACAGAGAGAGAGAAAGUAGAGAGAGAAAGUAGAGAGAGAGUGUGUGAGGAAGUGUGAAAUCUUUAUCUGCCCUUUUGCUUUCCAUCUUCCACACUCAUUCCUGAUCACUGCUUCUUCGGUUUCUUCCUCCUCCUCUCCACCGCAACCACCACCAGAUCUGCGGCCGGCAUGGGUAGCGUUUCCUCCGACGACGACGACUGCGACCGGUGCGGGAGCUACAGCCUCAGCGCUGACGUCAGCGAGUCCGAGAGCUCCAGCAGCUUCUCCCUCCUCCCCUUCGACGUCGAUGGCGGCGCGUCCAGCUCCAUCGCCUCCUCCCCCCACCGCCCUCCGCUCCCGGCCGCGUGGAGCUUCAACUUCAGGGCUCCCGUCAUGGCGCCGGUGAUCGGCGGCCGGGACGUCGUGUUCUGGGACGACCACAAGGAGAAGAAGAAGGACGGCGAGUUGUCCGAGGUUGAGAUGAUGAAGGAAAGAUUUGCUAAGCUGCUUCUGGGAGAAGACAUGUCUGGAGGUGGUAAAGGAGUUUGUACCGCCCUUGCUAUAUCAAAUGCCAUCACCAAUCUCUCCGCAACUGUGUUUGGAGAGUUGUGGAGGUUAGAGCCUCUAGCGUCACAGAAGAAGGCGAUGUGGCGCCGGGAAAUGGAAUGGCUCCUAUGUGUUAGCGAUUCAAUCGUUGAGCUUGUGCCGUCGAUACAGCAAUUCCCUGGUGGGGGUACUUAUGAAGUUAUGGCGACUCGUCCUCGCUCCGACCUAUACAUCAACCUCCCUGCUCUUAAGAAGCUUGAUGCAAUGUUGAUAAGCAUGCUUGAUGGAUUUUCCGAGACUGAGUUUUGGUAUGUUGACCGUGUGGUGGGCGAUGGUGAUGAUUGUGAGAAAAAUUCGUUGGGUAUUUCUGCUGGGAGGCCAUCAAUCAGGCAAGAAGAUAAGUGGUGGCUUCCAUGCCCGAAAGUGCCCCCAAAUGGAUUGUCAGAUGAUGCCAGGAAGCGGUUGCAGCAGUGUAGAGAUUGUGCAAAUCAGAUACUGAAGGCAGCCAUGGCAAUUAAUGGAAGUGUUCUAGCUGAAAUGGAGAUUCCAACUGCAUAUGUGGAGUCAUUGCCCAAGAAUGGAAAAGAGUGUCUUGGCGAUAUCAUCUAUCGCUACAUUACUGCCGAGCAGUUUUCCCCGGAAUGUCUCCUUGAUUGCCUCGACCUCUCAUCUGAGCAUCACACCCUUGGGAUAGCCAACAGGGUCGAGGCAGCAGUCCAUGUCUGGAAGCUGAAAGACCAGAGAAAACAUGUGGGUCAUACGAAAGGGAAGCGCUCUUCAUGGGGUGGCAAAGUUAAGGGCCUUGUUACUGACACAGAAAGGAAUCGGUUUCUUGCCCAACGAGCUGAGACCCUCUUACAGAGUUUAAGGCUUCGUUUCCCUGGCCUUCCACAGACUGCAUUGGAUAUGAAUAAGAUACAAUAUAAUAAGGAUGUGGGCCAAUCCAUUCUUGAGAGCUACUCGAGAGUAACAGAAAGCCUAGCCUUCAACAUAAUUGCGAGGAUCGAUGAUGUCAUAUACGUGGACGAUGCAACAAAACGAUGCGCUGCAGUAGACUCCACUUCCAUUUUUGGCAGAGGAGGCCUAGGCGGAGUUCCCAUCCAAAAGAGAAUGUCUCCGAGCCCAUUCUCCAUCAAGCACACCCCUUAUGGUUCUCCGUUUGCAACUCCAUCCUUGAGUCCAAUCGGUGGUAGCCCGGGUAGAGGCCCCUCUGGCAACAGUAAGAACAGCUUCGAGGCACCCGAUAAGAAGGCAGCAACAGCGUCUGCAGCAGCUGAUUUUGAGAAGGUAUGGUCUUAUGCUGGAAACUUGAGCUCCAGAAGGGUCUCGGCUGGUGACGCUCCUGAACGGGAUUGAGUGAAGGGACUUGAGAAUGAGAUACAAGUAGAAUAACGUAACUAGUGGCUUACGUGUGUAGAGGGUAGAGGAUCUGGGAUUGGUGAUCUUUGCCGUACAAUGAGAAUGAUCCGGUUAGGUGGAUAUCUGAUCUAUGUAUAGUAUUUAGCAGUUAGCACGUAGAGAUAAUGCUCGAUCGUUACUUUUCUUUUCUGACAUGGUUUUUCACGUGGAGAUGGGUCAAGUAAGGAAAUGUAAUAUUUUCCUGUUCUGUUCCUUAUGGAGAAGUGCAAAUGAUAGUGAUAACUUGUUCCAUUAGCUGCCA